GUCAACCUGACGCAGAGCACUGUUCACGUGCCCACCAACGUCUACGAUGAAUCUGCUUCCGUUUUGAAUGGCGUGGCCUUCAGUGAAGCGCUAGAUGAUGUCUUCAAUUCCAAUCGUAAGAGUUUCUCCACGAUCAGCUGGCAGUUCUAUUGCAGUUUUGUUGGGUUUUUUCGCAUCUAUCCAGGCAUCUCAUGGGGGAACAGUGACGAAGCCGACCAAUUCGACUGUAGGACCAGAUUAUGGUAUAUUCAAGCUGCUACGUCGUCGAAAGACGUCAUCAUCCUGGUGGACACGAGUGGGAGCAUGACAGGACUUCGGAUUGAGAUAGCCAAAUCAACCGUCAUCAAAAUUCUGGAUACUUUCAAUGAGGAUGACUACUUCAACGUCAUCAGUUUUUCAGAUGAGCCGGAUUAUUUCGAACCCUGUUAUAACAAUUCUCUGGUUCAAGCUACGGUUCGUAAUAAGCAGAUUUUUACGAAAGUUUUAUGUUCAUUGUUUACAAGCUAUGUUGUUAAGCUUUAUAAAAUAUUCAAUAUUUAUUUAAAAAAUAAUUUUAACAGUCUGGGAUCGAAGUGCAACAAAGUCAUCAUGUUGAUCACUGACGGAUCUCCGUCUGACUUCCGCGAAGUUUUCGAAAAGUACAAUUUUCCUGAUAAAAAGGUGCGGGUCUUCACGUAUUUGAUAGGAAGAGAGAUUAGAGACACAACUCAAUUGAAAUGGAUGGCAUGCAACAACAAAGGCCAGUUAAUGUGCUACUUUUCACAUAUUUCCACACUGGCUGACGUCUAUGAACACGUUCAGGAUUACAUCCGCGUCUUGAGUCGACCAUUGGUCAUAGGUCGGUACCCGCAAAAAGUUUGGACCAACAUCUACGGAAAUGAAAGGACCAAUGAGUUAACAACGACUGUUGCAAUGCCAGUAUACGACAUCAAGAAUGCUUCGUACAACGAUGGCAAUCUGCUGGGCGUCAUUGGAACAGACAUGCUCCUCGACGUCCUAACAAAUGUCCUGCCUAAGCAUCAACUUGGAGUGCAAAAUUACCCGUUCGCAAUAACGAACAAUGGAUUCAUCAUCUUCCAUCCUGAUCACAGACCUUAUCACAAUGGCAAAUUGAAACCAAAUUACAACAACUUGGAUAUUUCUGAAGUCGAAUUCAUUGAUGACGGGAAGAUUAGGCAGAGCAUGGUUAAAGGAGAAACAGGGAAAACGAGAUUAAGAGUGAAAGUGGCCCUUGAUGAAAUGGUAACUCAUGAAUGA